CUUAGCCUGUUUUGAGUUGUCCAUUGAACAUUGAAGUGAAAGCCUCCACCAACAAGCUUCAGAUAACCCUUCUCUGCUCGUGAUACAAAUGUUUCAGUUGUAGAUUUGCUGAUCAUCCCCUUUGGUCUGAUGAUGGCGUCAACAGCGAGUCUGCUGACACCGCACGCGGCGAAGGCGGCACAGAGCUGGUUGUCUCAGAAUGCCAAUCUUUGCACAACUUCACAUUCAAGUCCGCAACCACUUUUCAUCGGUGGGAGUUGCCCAUUCAGAGGAAGGGCUUCUAGGCGACGAAAUGCUGCGAUUGUGAGGUGGGAUUCCGGGGGGCUUAAGCAGACUUCCUCCAGUUUUGAGGACAUCUGCCAGGGGUGUCGGCUACAGGGUUUGGGUUUUGGGUUAGGUUCGGGAAAGGGACGAGGUUUGAGAAGAGGCCCUGUGGCUGAAGUGGUCGGAGGGCAAGAGGGGGCGCAGGCUGGCGCGUCUGGGAGGGGGAGCAGCAACGGGGCCUCCGGCGUGAAGGUUGCAAAUGUGCCACCACCUUUGAAAAUCCAAGGAGACAGGACCCAGAACGGUGGGCCCAAUCAGAAUGGCGUAAAGUUGUUCAACGGGGAAGGCGAUGGGGUAAGUGGUAGUGCAACAAACGGCAGUGCAGCGAAUGUCAGUGUUUCGAACGGCGCUCCUGCGAAUGGAGCCAAACAGCCCCUGAAUGGAAACGCCAAACAGGCCCCCAAUGGAAAACCGGCCGCCUUAGUAGGAAGUACAACCGAGCCCCCAAACCGGAUACAAGCCCCCCAGUUCGGAAACGGCGUCCUAGCGCUGCCGCAACGCCUGUGGCGGCGCACCCUCCGGAGCCUCUCCUCCCUCGAACUCGCGAUCGGGACCCUCUUGACUGUCGCCGCGCUAUCGGCCCUCGGAACUGUCGUUGAGCAAAACAAGAGCUACCAAUUCUACAUCAACAACUAUCCGGAGGAGAACCCGAGCUUCGGGUUUUUGUCGUGGAAGGUGCUCCUGGAUCUGGAGCUGGAUCACAUUUACACGAGCUGGUGGUUCUUGUCGCUUCUCGCGUUUCUCGCGGCGUGCCUGAUGGCGUGCACGUCUACGCGACAGCUUCCAAUGGCUAAGGUUGCCCGACGGUGGCGCUUCCUCAAGUCCAAGGCCCAGUUUCGGGAUAUGGACAUCAUUGAAGAGCUGCCGCGCGCCAAGGCGGCCGAUCUUGUACCCAUGCUAACCACGAAAGGAUAUGAGGUCUUCAUGAAAGGCCCUGCAGUUUACGCGUUCCGGGGCCUGGCCGGCAAGCUGGGCCCGAUCGGGGUCCACAUAGGGCUUAUUCUCACUAUGGCGGGCUGCGCUUAUUCUGCCACUGCCGGCUUCGACGGAAGCUCCAUGACGCCCCAGGGACAGGAGUUCUUCAUCGGCGAUAUAUUGAAGCCAGUGGGAAUCUUGAGCCGCAUGCCGGCGGCCGAGCAGUAUAGAGUCCACGUCAACAACUUUUCCAUUGACUACAUGCCGAACGGCAACGUUAACCAAUACUACUCAGACCUAUCCAUCGUCGAUCUGAACGACAACGAGGUGUACCAUAAGAUGAUCAAGGUGAACGACCCGCUGCGCUACGGCGGGGUGACCAUGUACCAGACGGACUGGAACCUCGCGAGCCUGCAAGCGCGCGUCGACGGGGGGGCUCCGUUCCGGCUGCCGAUGGCUAUUCUUGACGACGGAGUGGGCAAGACGGGCAAGCUCUUCGGAACGUUCCUUAGGACGGGGCCUGCGGAAGAGCCACGUGGCGUCUCUCUGGUGGCACGUGACUUUCUGUCCGUCGCUAUCUACGGCCCCGAUGGCAACUUUGUCGGCGUUCGACGGCCGGGAUCGAACAAGCCCAUCACUGUAGACGGGAAGGACAUCGUCAUCGAAGAGCUUAUCGGGGCGACCGGAAUGCAGCUCAAGUAUGAUCCGGGAGUGCCGUUCGUCUACGCCGGCUUUGGGACGCUCAUCGUGACCGUCAUUGUGAGCCAGGUGUCGCACGAUCAGCUGUGGGCCUUGGAAGAGGGCGGGGCCCUGAUCGUUGGAGCCCGGUCGACCAAGAACAAGCAGUCCCUUCCGGGCGACCUAGACUUCCUUUUCGACGCGUUGCCGGAGUAUCUCCCAAGCGAGGAGGAAGGCCGAUCUAUGGAACGGGCCGCAUCUGGGAGGAAUGGGAAAAAGGCGUCUGUAGCUCGGUGACCUUCAUUGCUUGGGGUGUAAGGUUGAUGAGGUUGGUGAUCGUGGGUUGACGAUAAAGAGCACAUAAGUAUGUUGAGUAGAACGGAUUGUGACAAACAAUGUGAUUGGAGGUGUAAUUUAGUCGGUUACGUUCAGGAGGUACUAAACAUGGAAGGUCUGAGACUUCGACAUGUCAUUGAUCAAGGUAAUGAGGAUUCAAAUGUCAGCAACAUUGAAGAUUGUCAUCGAGGCCCACGCGCAAUAGUUGGUUAUGCAGAAUCAAGCUUUCUAUUGAAUCAAUCAAUCAACAAGGUGCAACCUUCAAGCCAGUGGCACGAUACAUACGUGCACGAAUAUGAGCA